GUUCAACGAUAGAGAUUUGUUUUUUGCAAAUCAAUUUAUUUAAAAAGAUAUGAGGUUGAUUAGCUGACUGAGAGUCCUUCUAACUUCUUGAUAUUGUUGAUUUUAUUUUUUAUUUUUUUAAGUUGUUUGAGAAAUCACUCAUUCUUUUGCUUUUGCUAAUUGUUCUUUACAACCAAUGGUUCAGUUACCCAAGAGAUCAAUGUUCCAAUUAAAACAAAGUAAAUCUCAAACCUUGAAACUAGGGUGUAUUUGAUUUAUAGAUUAUUUUCAGGGAAAAUAUAUUUUUUUCACUAAAAAUCACUCUUGUUAUUUUUAAGUGCUUGUUUAGGAUUAAAAAUAAAUAAAUCAUUUUUGACUCUAAAAUGAAAAUCUCUAGGUUUUUUCAACACAAUCUACUUUUUAUUUUUUAAAAGUUGUACCAUAUGCACCUAUAAUGCACGGGACAUAGUAUUUUAGAAUUGGUUAGCAUGAGCUGUUCGCAUGUUUAAUCCAUUGGCUAAAAUUAAUACAGGCUUUUUCUAUAAAUCAAUUUUAAAGGUUUGUUGCAAUAUUUUCCUGAAUCAAUAACAACAUUUGGUAACAAAAAUCAAUAACAACACAAAUCGUUUGAGCCAAUCAAUGUAGGAUUACAAAUUUCAUACGUAGUGGUCUUGGUCUCAGAUAAACAUGCAGAAAAGUUUCAAGUAACAUAACUUAUGUCUAUUCUUAUAAAUUUCACUAACUGAAAAUAGCUGUUCUGUCAGUGUAGCUAGCGAAGACCACAAAUGCACCAAACUUCUGCAUAUGAUGAGGAAAACAAACCCAUAAUCAUUUUAAUCCUUCAACAAAUAGUUCAGGAUCAAUCAUAUUGCUAUCAUAAAACCAUUAUUAUGUGUAUAGUAAAUUAAAUCAAGCACGUUGGUUUUUGUUUUUGAAAAAUCACGUAAGUUAAUUUGAAUAUGAAAUAUCGGGAUCUUGGAAACGUUCAUAAUGAAAUGGAUGAUGAUUCAAAAGAGGAUGAGGAAUGGGUCUCAAACAUAGUAAUCAUGGGUGUCUCAAUGUUGCUUCUUGCAUUGGUAACCAUUGCUGUUGUUGCCAACGUAGGUGACUCCAAAAACGUAGCAGCUAUGAAGAACCUUAACUCUGUCUGUGCAAAAACAGAAGCACCAGAAUCUUGUCUCCAUGUCUUAAAACGCGUAGGUGAAACCGCAACGGCUGUGGAUUAUGCAAAAGCUGCUCUUAAUGCAACCCUUAAAGAAUUAUCGUUAGUUAACAUGCAAAAACCAUACCUUGAAAAAAUCCUAACUCCUCUACAGGCACAAUCAUAUAGAGAUUGUUUGGAAUUGUUGAAUAUGGGAAAAGAUGAACUAGAAUCUUUGUAUAAGCUGGCAAAUUCGUCUAUUGAAGAUAUAUUCCAAAUAUAUCCAGAUGAUGUUAUGAAUAGCCUAAGUGCUAUCAUUUCAUAUCAACAAACUUGUGUAAAUGAAUUGGUAAGAACAAAUAGUUAUGAGAUUUUGGCGUAUUCUUUGAAAAUACCAAUUCUUCUUACAAGGAUUACAUUAGCCAUUGUCUAUAAUUUUGUCGAGAGGCCGAAAAUCGAAGUUCAACAACUUGAUGGGUUUCAAAGAUUGAACCUGAGAGCUGCGCACAAACUUAUUGAGGUUCAACAUACAAGAAUAGUUGUGGCUCAAGAUGGAAGUGGCCAAUUCUCAACCAUAACUGAGUCACUAAAUUAUUGUGCAAAGAAUAGAAAUAAUUCAUGUGUUAUUUAUGUGACCAAAGGUAAAUAUGAGGAAAAAGUGGCGGUACCUAAGAAUUUAGACCAAGUUCUCAUGUAUGGUGAUGGCCCUAUGAAAACCAUUGUCACUGGAAUCAAAUCAAUAGACCCCAAGGUUACAACCCCCUUUCGGUCAGCUACUUUUGUGGUAAAGGGCAAAAGAUUCAUCUGCAAAGAUAUGGGUUUCACAGCUCCAGCUAGCGUACCAGGAGCAUCAGCACUCCUUGUACUUUCUGAUCAUGCAGCAUUCUUCAGCUGCAAAAUUGACGGCGGAGAAGGAAGCUUAUACGCAGUCGCGCAGCGCCAAUUCUACAGAGACUGCGAAAUUCAUGGUAGUGUAGACAUCAUCAAAGGAGACUCAGCAACUAUAAUUCAAAACUCGCAAAUAAUUGUGAAGCACCGAAAUUCUUCUAGCUUAGCUCUGAGAAAAAAUGUGGUGAGUGUUCAAUCAAGACUAGACAAAUAUGAGAAAACUGGACUUGUGAUCCAAAACUGCACCAUCAUAGCAGAACAAGGCAAAAUCAAUGAUAAAAGUCUUGUUGGUUCGACAUGUUUGGGAACUCCGCGUGACCAAUAUUCAAGAACAAUCAUAAUGGAAUCAUUUCUUGGUGAUGUUGUACGUCCAAAAGGUUGGUGUAAAUUUAGUGAUAACUAUGGAAUUGAUACAGCAACGUUUAGAGAGUAUAAUAACAGAGGCCCUGGUGCAAGAAAUGAUAUGAGGGUUCAUUGGGAGAGUUAUAGAACAAAUUCUCAGAAUUGGAAAAGUGAAAUGAUGAGUUUUACAGCUGCUGAGUUUAUUCAAGCAAACCAAUGGUUGACAAAUACAGGCAUUCCAUAUGAAUCUGGUUUUUUCUUUCAUAAAUAG